AUGUCAACAAAUCGACUAACACCAUUUAAUAAACGUACUAUGCCAACAAAUAAUAAUACACAUACGAUACCGGAUAUACUCGGUCAUGAACAAAUUGAUUUAACACGUUUAAAAAAACAAGCACAAUUAACUCAAACACAAAUACCAAAAAUUCCACGUAUAACACGUACAUUAAAUACACUUGAAAAUGUUUUAAAAGUCUUACAAGAACAUAGUCGAACAUCAAAAUAUCAAAUUGAUCAACUUAUAGAAUCCGUUGAAAAAGAAAAUCAUCAAUUAGCACGUAUAAAUAUAUUUUAUUUUUCUAUAAAAGACACAAAAAAAAAAAUAUUUUUUUUUUCAAUUUUCUUUUUUUUAAAGCAAUUACAUGAAUCUCAAGUUGCUUAUUUAAAAUUACAAGCUCAUACAGCUUCAUUACAAAGUUUAAAAGAAUGUUAUUGUCGUUAUGCUCAUAUGCUUGAUGUUAAACUUGGUCUCAAAGAAUGCACUAAAACAUUAUGUGCAAUUGAAGCUCAAUUAGAAGCAAUGUUAGGUACAUUUGUAUUAAAUUUACAAGAAAUAAGUGGUUUUUCUCGAAUAUGUCCUGGAGAUGAAUAUGAAUUAAUUAUUCCUGAUUUAUUAUUAAUUAAAAUUAGUGAAGUUAAAUUAUUAGGUGUUUCAUUAAAAACAAUUGGAACAAAAUGUUUUGAAGUUAAUAAUUUCUAUUCAAUGGAAAUACAACGUAUGAUUAUUAAUGCAAAUCAAAGUGGAACACUUAAAUUAAUUUUUUUAGCUAAUUGGGAUCUUUAUGAUCAAGUUGAUACAAAAUUUACAUUUUAUAAUCCAAAUCGAACAUAUUCCGAUGUAACACGAACAUGGUCAAUGUUUGUUGGAAAUACAACAUUACUUCGAACUGUAAAUGAUACACUUACAUCUUCUUCUCCUUCUUCUUCUUCUUCUCAAUAUUCUUCUAAACGUUUAUCAACAUUUUGUCCAAUUAGUUCUCAAGAAACUAAUGAAUAUGUAACAUAUAAUUCAACAACAGAUGAAAGUAAUCAUUAUGAUGAAAUUGAUAUAGAAAAUAAAUAUGAACAAAUACCAAAAGAAGAAAUUUGUGAUAAUAUUCAUGUUCAUGAUGAUACUCAUUCUUCAUCAAAUUCAUCAUCAUUUGCUGCUGGUUUAAAUUCAGAUGAAAUUUCAUCAGCAGCAUCAAUUGAUUAUUGUCAAACAGAAGCAGAAGGAGGAGAAGAAGAAGAAGUUGAAAAUGAAUCAAUUUAUGAACUUGUUUUACUUAUUGAUCAAGUUCGAACAUGUUUAGAUGAUUUACGUCUUAUUGAUCGAUCAUUUUCAAUAAUAUUUGAUAAAAUUGAACAUAUUAUAAAUAAUUUAGAUAAAAUAAUUAAAAAUCAAAUACAUGAACAAACAGAAAAAACAUUAGAAAUUGAAAAUAUUCUUACUGAUUUUAAUUUUUUAAAUACAUUUGAUGAUGAAGAUACAUUAAAAACAAUUGAUUCAGGUUUUGAAGGUGAACAACAACAACAUAUAAAACAAAAUGAAAAUUUUAAAUCCAAUAUUAAUCAACCAAUUAAUACAAUUUUUAUUGAUAUACUUAAUCGAAUUUUAAUUCUUCUUUAUUAUAUUCAAAAUCGUUCGAAAUCUGAUGAUAAUCUUAUUCUUGAACGUCUUAAUGAACAAUAUGAACAAUUGAAUAUGGCUAUAUCUUGGUGUGAAAAUCAAGUACAAGAUGUUAAACAAGCAUUAUCUCAAUGUGAUCAAUCGAUUAUUGAAUUUUGGUCAAAAUGUUGUUCGAAUGAAACAUUUAUUGUUUCUUUUGAACGUUGUCUUAAUGAAAUAAUGAAAUAUUUGAAUUGUAAUCAAGAUAUUGCUGAAUAUUUAUUAAAUAAUCUUUGUUACUUAUCAUUUCGAAUAAAUUUUGUUCAUCCAAAAUUUCUUACACUUAUACAAAUAUGGUUUCUCUUAAAAAAAGAUCAAUCGGAUAUUGAUAAAGAUAUUCAAAUAGCAAACGAGCAAAUUGAACUUUCAAAAAAUCUUUCGAAUUUAAUUUUAAAUAAUAAUUAUACUCAAAUAGCCUUAAUGCUUAAUCGACGCACGUUAAAUAAUAAUGAAUUUAUAAAUCGAAUAUUAUAUGAAUAUGAUUUUAAAAUUCCAGAUGAAUUGAUUGGUAUGUUAUUAACAUCAAUUCGAUAUGAUGUAAUAUCUCAUUUACGUACAACAUUAUUAUCUCAUAAUGAUAAUCCAUAUUUUAUUAUGGGUAAACAAAAUCGUGCUAUUGCUCAAAAGGCAAAAGUUAAACAACAACAAAAUAAUAAAAAACCCAAACCUGUGAAAACUAAUUUAAAACGAUUAAAUGAACGAGUAAGAAAUAAAGUUGAACAAGUUGAUAAAUUAUAUGAUAAUAAAUCGAAUGAAAAAAAACAAAAAAUGGAAACAACAAAGCAAGAUACAUCUUCCGUAGAUAAUAAAUAA